GAGAUGGCUUCCUAGUUAACAAAAGAUGUAAUAGGGACAAUUUUUGAAAUGGGAAGGUCACCACCAUGAGAGAUGGCUUCCUGGAUAGCAAGAGAGGUUGUGGGGUCAGUGUUUAUACAAGGAGGAGGCAUGGAGGAUGAUUGGUCAGAAUGCGGAAAUGAGUUGAUUUCUGUGGUUGAAAGCUGUGGAAGUGGGGGAGGGGAAGGGGAAUUUUUUUCUGUGGCUGGAGGUAGUUUGAGGACUGUUAGCGAGGCUAUGUCAGAGCUUGGGAGUACAAAAGGUGAGGGAGAACGAGAGAAAAAAAGAUUGGGGUUUUGGUUAGAGGUGUUUGGCGGGGAGGGUGUUGGUGAAGAUCGACAUCUUUUGAGUGAAGGCCUAGGGGUUGGAUCAGGAGAGGCCAAGGCGUAAUUUUCCAGAAAUGGGGUAAGUUGUUUGUCUACUUCCAUUGCAUCAGCAAGUGGAGGGCUUGAGGUGGCAGUAGGCAGGUCCAUAGGCAGUGAAGAUCAGAACUUGUUGCCAAGGAUUGGAGCAAACUUUUGAGGAGUUGGGGUGGGCUUAGAGUUUUUCUUUUUGGGCAAGGUUUUUUUGGUUGAUUAGGUUGAGUUGAUCGAAGGAUCAAUUGGUUUUUUUUCCUUGGGCUUUAGUUUGAGUUUCCGGGGGAUCAUUUGGAGGAGUGUAGGUGAGGCAAUUACGGACAAUGUGUCCAAGCUCAUGGCAAUGAGAGCAAGUAGGAGGAACCCAUGGAUAAUGAACAUUUACUUCAACAACUUCUCCACUCUCUCAUUCAAACUCAACAACUGGUGGCAGAGGCAAGGUGAGGUUAACCUCGACUUUAACAUGAGAAACCGUCAAGCUAACAAGAUUCUUUGUGAAGUCAUCUGUCUCUUUGGGAUCUCCAACAAGUACAGCAACUAGACUUAACCCUUCUUCAUGCCUGAGGUCUAAUGGUACCCCAAUAAGAUGAGCCCAGAUUCUUAUAGCUUUGAGAGACGGAGUAGAAGCAGAGUGCUGUGAGGACCAUUGCGAUGUGUGGAAGAUUGAAUCUCCCACAUACCAGAUGUUCUUCUCUAGGAUUUUUUGCCUCAGGUAAUCACUUGGGAUCCUUACAAUUGCAGAUCGGUUGAGGGGGUUGUUGUGGAUUUCUAGUCUUUUCCCUUUCCCCCACAUAUGGUUGAAAACACUUUGGAUUUGAUUGAAAGGAGGCGCUUUUCCAUUGAAGUAACAAAUGAUGAAAUAUUUGUGCAUCUCUGCUCCUUUUUGGAAAACUGAGUCUAGGAUGAGCACUCUUGGUCUUCCCGAAGGUGCGAGAGUGACAGGAGCCAAGCGUCUCAUAGUCUUAUUCUCAGAAGCCCUUAUUUUUCAACAAGGGAAGGAGGAUCGGGAAGAAGAGAAUGUGUGGUGGAGCUGAGGGGUUCUACAAGCGGGGAGGUGGUUUGAGGAGGUGGAAUGGUAGUUUGAGUUGGUGGAAUGGGAGGGUUUUCAGUUGAGGCUUGUAACUGUAGUUGGGCGGGAAGUGACGAGGCUUUGUUUGUUUGAGUCGGUGUGGAGUGUUUAGGUUCAAGGAUUUUGAAAUCUAGGUUAUUGUUUUCUUGCUGGGAACCAGAGACAUUACUUUGAACAGUGAUGUUUUCAGAUCUAGGAAAAUAUUUUCUUCUAGAUUCAAUUACAGGUUUCUUUGCGUUUGCAGGAGCCACAGGGGAGGCACCAGUUGAGGGGAGAAGCUGUUGCGUCGAUGCAGCAGCAGUUAGUGGGAGAGUCGGGGUCCUUGUCUCUCUUUUCUGAGAAGAGAAUGACUUAGAACCAGUUGAAAAAACAGAGGAGGGGUGUGGAAAUUGGAUUGGAGAUAGAGGGGAGGCUGGAUCCGGUGGGUCAGGUGGGAUAGGGGGCGGAGGGAUAGGCUCACUGGAGGUGAACGACGGUGGGUUCAGGGCAGAAGCCUUGCCGGGCACCUUCCAAGCAUUCUUCAUUGGGAACUGCGCCAGAGAGAGUUUGACUUUUUGUUUCGUUUUUUUAAUUAUUACUUCUGUUGCUCAUGUAAAAGAAUAAAACUUGUACAGAGUACACCCAAAAAUUAAAUCGGGCCUGACGUGUAUAUAAGGCAACAUUAUCGGCAAAAUGUUUCCUUCGGUGUAUAUCUAGCUAAUGGCUUCGAUUGGCCGACUCUUUGAUAAAUGGAAAAACUGAAAAAAUCAUAAACAAAAAUUCAUUUGAAAAAAUGAAUAAAAAAAUAUAAUUUUUUGUUCAUUUUGCUUCCUCAAAAUUGAAAAAGAAUUUUUUUCUUCAUAAAUUUAUUUUUUCAUGAGGAAUUAAAAGAAAUAGUAUGAGACUUAUUUGUUAAUAAUUUGACCAAAAGUUCAACUUAAUUAGUAUAAAUUUGAGGAACCAAAAAUUUACCAUAAUAUUUUCCUAUAAUUUGGUCACCAGUGAGAGUUAAUAUAAUACUAUUAAAAAUAAUAUAAUUAUUUCAAAAAUUAAAACAUAAAAGAGCGAACAAGUAAAAUAAAUACAAAUGUCAUUAGAGUAUACUAAAAGAUUGUUAAAAGUUGUCUGCACCAAAUCGAUCCUCGCUGUUCCACUCCACUUUCUUUUUAAUAUAAAUUAAAAUAAUCAUUCGGAACUUGUCUUCCUCUCUCUGUAGGAGAAGCUCUCAGCUUCUAUUACACUAUUUACCCAUUUUCUGAACUAUCACUAUUUACUUUUUGUAAAGGGAUAUAAAGUAUACUUUAGAGAGUAAUGCGUAUGUCAUAUUCGCAUACCGAGACGUUACACUAAGCUAUUUACGGAUGAAUACGUUUUCUUACAAAGAGUUUCUUCCAAAAUUAAAACUCAUUUUUUCAUGUCUUAUUCGGCGAAAAUCCACAAUAGAACCGAACUUUUUGAAACCACGAUCAAACAAAUGUUAAUGACUUUUGGAACUCACAUGCAUGUUGACACAUCAAAGAGUUAAUUUUGUAAUCUCAGCAAUGCCUUAACCUUAUGCUUCACACAUUCUUUUUUAUCUUGUUUAUUCUAACCGUAACUUUUUUCGUUUAAUUUGUUAUAUUUGUUUUCAAUAUAAAAGAGUCACGUUUUUUUUUUGCAAAGCGUUACAUCUGCAGACAAAGAAAACAUGGACGAGAAAUAGAAAUAAAAGAGAGUAACACAGUUUUUGUUAAAAAAUUUGGUAAAGAGUUACGUACUUAGAUGAAUGUUAAUAGUUCGAUGACAAUUUGUAAGUAAAUCUUGUUUUAUUCAAUUUUAAAUUAAAAUCUCAAAUUAAUGAAUAAUCAAACUCAACAGAUAAUAUAUAUAUAAACAUACAAUAUAAGAAAAAGUUGAUUAAACUAUAAAAUAAUAAUGACUCAUUACCCAUAAUCUCCUUUUAUUAGAAUUGUUUAUUCGCGAGUGAUACAAAACGUUGCUCGACCAUGUGUAUAUAUAUACGGUUGCUUCUUAUGACAUAUAUUCUCAACCAACAAAACAAAACCUUUAAACAGGAUUACAUACACCUGAAACAACAUAAAAAUGAAACCUACUGAACAAAAAACUCCGAAGCUUGUUGAGACAUCACCAAACAUAUCGACAGAUUCAUCAGCAUCCGAGAAAGGAGAAGCAACAAGUCAACAACAAUCCAACAAUGGCUAUGCACUCACAGUUGACGAGGUAAUCGAGCAACACAUCGGAGUACUAGGGUUUGCUCAGAUCGUGCAUGCUCUUUUGGUCUCUAUUGCUUGGACCUUCGAUGCUCAGUCCACUCUUAUAUCAAUUUUCUCCGACGCUAAGCCCGCUGCGAGGCUUCUCACAACGGGAGCCAUCGUGGAAGGCUCGAUGUUGUGUGGACUGUCCACCGGAGAGUGGGAAUGGGUUGGAGGAAAGAGCGACACUAUUAUUUCAGAGUGGAAUCUUAUAUGCGAACAUAAGUUUCUUGUUGCUCUACCAUCCACUCUAUUCUUCAUCGGAUCUCUUUUCGGUUCUGGAGUUUAUGGAUAUCUUGCUGAUUCCUGGUUCGGUCGGAAAAAGACACUUCUUAUCUCUUGUCUAUUAACGUUUGUCACAGCUUUAGCGAUCUCUUUUUCUCCAAACAUAUGGGUUUACGCGUUCUUGCGUUUUGCCAACGGAUUCUUUAAAUCAGGAAUCGGUUCUUGUUGUAUCGUGCUUGCUACAGAGGUCGUCGGUAAAAAAUGGCGUGGGCAAGUAGGGCAAUUCGGUUUCUUCUUCUUCACGUUAGGGUUUCUAUCUCUACCACUCAUGGGUUACUUGGAGAGAAAGUCAUGGAGAAACCUUUACCGAAUCACAUCCCUUCUUCCUCUUGGAUACGCUGUUUUUCUCUUGCCAUUUGCCUAUGAGUCCCCUCGAUGGCUUCUUGUUAAAGGACGUAACAAAGAAGCCAUGGUGGUCUUGAAGAAACUCGCGAGGCGCAAUGGUAAACAACUUCCAGCUGACCUAAGCCUAGUCGAUCCGAUACAAGGACGAGAUGAUAGAGCUUCGUCGUCAUCAGAGAAAUUUUGGAGAACUAAGUGGGCAGUGAAGAGGAUUGUAAUGGUGAUGAUGGCUGGAUUUGGCACUGGUUUUGUUUACUACGGUAUUCAACUAAACGUUGAGAAUCUCAACUUCAAUCUCUACUCAACUGUUGCGGUCAAUGCUUUGAUGGAGUUUCCAGCGGUUUUCGUCGGAAGCUUCCUCUUAGGGGUCAUGAACCGUCGUCCAUUGUUCUCAAUCUCAUCAUACCUAGCUGGAACCGCGUGCUUACUCUGCGCGGUUCUCUCGCUCCAUCGUGUUGUACUACCUGCUACCAAAUGGCUGCAGCUAGGUGUUGAGGCAUUUGGGUUCAUGGCGUCCUCAACGGCCUACGAUGUCCUAUAUGUCUAUGGCGUCGAGCUGUUCCCAACAAACGUGAGGAACUUUGCAGUUUCGCUGUUGUGUCAAGCGUUCAUGCUGGGAGCAUCUGCAGCACCGUUGCUAGUUGCAUUGGGACGAGAAAACGCCAUGAUGUCUUUCAUUGUUAUUGGCGCCGCGUCAAUGUUGAGCGGUGUGGUGAGUCUCUGGCUAAAAUAAACUAGAAACGCUCCACUUUAUGAAACACUAACGCAGCAGGGGAAGGCUGAAGAGAUGGAGAACAAAACGGAAUGUUCUUGAUCACUAGUGAUGUUCCUUUACAAUAUUUGUCCAAUAAUUGGAAAAAAAAAUGUAACAUAUUUCAGUUUUUUCCAUCAAGAUGUAUGAAACGUUGACUGAUAAUGUAAAUAAUCAGAACCAAGAAUCCGACAGACUAUGUUUUAAGGAUUGAUUGAAGAGACAGGGCAUAGAAUGGAACUCACAUUUAACAGAUGGUUAGCAAAAAGCGACA